GUCACGGUGAGCCGUCAGUGCUGUCAUUUUAUAUACUCUGGCUGUCCCUACGCCAAAUGCUAUAUUAUUGCGAAUUACGUGUGGUAAUUAGAAUUUUGAGUUUCGUAAUAGCUUGCCGCUGUUGGAAGUAAAUAUCUUUAAUCAUGAGACAACAAUAACAACUUGGAUUCAGCUAUAAUUCUACAAGAUGAUAAGAACAGCGAUACGAUUGACACCGACGUUUGCUUUUCCCUUUUUCGAAAAGCGAAACGUAAAUGAUUGUGAUAAACUCCAUACACCUGAACCGCAUACCACCAAAACCGGCCUAGAAAGAGUUAAGAAAAUGUUUCAAAGAGAUGAAUUUGGUGAAGUGUCAGUUGAACUUCAUAAUGUUGUACAAGCAACAAUGUCUGGAGCAUUUAUUGGUGCUUGCUUCGGAGGUUUUUUGCAAUCAAGGGAAGCUUAUGUUAAGUUUAUUGAAAGAAAUCAAGCAACUGCUUUUACAUCUACAAUGCAAGCAAAGAAACAAUUACAAGAUUAUGUGACCAUAGGAUUUGCAAAAGGCGCAGUCCACUGGGGCUGGAGAUUGGGUUUAUUUACUGGAUGCUUUAGUUUAUUUACCACCAUGAUAGCAGUGUAUCGCGGAGAGUCUUCAUUAAUUGACUACAUCAUGGCAGGUGCACUUACUGGAGGAGUAUAUAAAGCAAACUUAGGAGUUGCUGCUACUAUUGUUGGUGCUACACUUGGUGGCGUUUUAAGUGCUUUCGGUGGGCUUCUAAUUUUGAAUAUUCUUAAAAUAACCGGAGUAUCUAUGGACGAUUUAAGAAGAGUAUUGUACAAAAUCAAAUUAGCAAGAGAAGAGCAAUACAACCAGGUGUUGGAGAAGUCAGCUACAGAAAAACACGACAAUCUGACGAGACAUCAUGAUAAAUUGAUCACUGAAAAGGGAGAGACGAAAAUUGAAGAAAUUUCAUAAUUUAGAUAUCUUUUCAAGGUUAAGUGCUAGAACUUAGUUUGUUACAUUUUGUAAAUAUUGAUAAAUACUAUUAAUGUUA